UGCUAUUGUCAAAAGAAGCUAUGUUUCUCUCUAACAUUUCCUUGAGACCAAAGUGUUCCUGUUGCUAUUUUGUUAACGUAUUCAUAUCAUUGGAUUACAGCAUAAAGUUUUUUUUUUUAUUUCUUUUUAUGCAUAUCAGCCAAAAGUCUCUUUUUUUUAUCUUCGGAGAAUCAAAAGAACUAGGAUACUACGCAUUUCGCGCUAAACGCGUUUUCUUGUUUCUCAACACAUGAUGGAUUCAGACGAUGCUGAAGAGACUAAUAUUCAUACUGAGAAGAAAUAUAUCAAAGAUGCCAAAGUAGGUGAAGGUACCUACGCUGUUGUAUAUAGUGGUCGAUCUAUCUCUACGGAUAGAAAAGUAGCUAUUAAAAAGAUCAAAAUGGGUCAGUUCAAAGACGGUCUUGACCUAACAGCUAUUCGAGAGGUGAAAUACCUUCAAGAAUUACGCCAUCCUAAUGUGAUUGAGUUGAUUGAUGUCUAUUCUCAUAAAACCAAUUUGAAUCUGGUACUUGAAUAUCUGGAUUCUGAUUUAGAACAAGUUAUUAAAGACAAGAGUAUUUUGUUUAUGCCAGCAGAUAUCAAGUCAUGGUUAUUAAUGAUGUUGAGAGGAUUGGAUCAUUGUCACCGUCAUUUUAUACUGCAUAGAGAUAUGAAGCCAAAUAACUUGUUGAUCACUAGUACUGGUGUACUCAAAAUAGCAGAUUUUGGUUUAGCAAGAGAUUGGGGUGACCCAAAUAGACAAAUGACAUCUCAAGUUGUCACUAGGUGGUAUCGUUCACCUGAAUUAUUAUUCGGUGCAAAAGAAUACUCGUAUGCAGUGGAUAUAUGGGCAGUAGGCUGUAUAUUUGCAGAACUCAUGUUGAGAACCCCUUAUGUGGCAGGUGAAUCUGAUAUGGACCAAUUGACCAAGAUAUUUCAUGCACUAGGUACGCCUACAGAAAUAGACUGGCCAGGCAUGACUCUUUUACCAGACUAUAUCCAAUUCAAACAAUUUCCCAAAGUACCUCUGAGACAAUACUUUACAGCUGCUGGUACAGAUGCACUUUCUUUAUUAGAACAAAUGUUGGUGUUUGAUCCCAAUAAACGAUGGUCAGCAGAAGAAUGUUUGGGACAUUCUUACUUUAGAAAUACACCAUUAGCUACACCACCAGAGAAACUACCACAAAAGAAACAGGAGCAGAAGCCUACAUCCAAUGAAGAUAGGGUGAAGCCAAGAAAGCUUCAGUUUGCUUAAUAAAACGUCACUAUUUGUUUGUUUUUGUAAUUCAUGCAACUGUUACGUCAUAUUGAUUUAAAUACGUGUUUGCCC